AAUAAAUUCUAUGUUAGGUAGAACUUCCCUUAUAUGUACUUUAUUCUGUAUACUCUAUAGUAAGGAUCAUUGCUUACUGCUUGUGUGUGUUACAAGAGCGGUGUUUUGCUGUUAACCUCUCAACUUCUCCACACUCCACUUCAAAAAUUGACUGGUUUGCUUAGGAAUUAAGAUCGCAUGAGUUAAGAAGAUAAAGGCAAUGAGGGUAAAGAUCAUUUGGAUUUUUUGAGUUGCAAAAUGGGUACAAGAGAAAAUAGUAUUGAAUCUGAUUACAAAAGUAGAAUCUGGAUUUUGGAUCAGAAGCUGGAUCAGUCCAUAGGCACAGAAGCUGAGAGGCUCAGGAGUAAGCAUGAGGAAAAGAAGUUCUCCACUUCAAUGCUUUUAGGCCUUGCAUUCCAAAGCCUCGGAGUGGUCUAUGGAGAUCUCGGCACAUCUCCUUUGUAUGUCUUUUACAACACUUUUCCUAAUGGAAUUGAAGAUCCAGAAGAUGUAAUUGGAGCUUUGUCAUUGAUUAUUUAUUCCCUAACUCUUAUUCCGCUCCUGAAGUAUGUCUUCAUUGUCUGUAGAGCAAAUGACAAUGGUCAAGGUGGAACAUUUGCUCUAUAUUCGUUACUUUGCCGGCAUGCUAAAGUAAAGACUAUACCUAACCAAGAUCAUACAGAUGAGGAGCUAACAACUUAUAGUCGUUCUACGAUACACGAGCAAUCGGUUGCUGCAAAGACCAAGAGAUGGUUAGAGGGACAUACAUUUAGGAAGAAUGGACUUCUUGUUCUUGUUCUUGUCGGUUCCUCCAUGGUUAUUGGGGAUGGAAUACUCACUCCAGCUAUAUCAGUACUCUCGGCAGUUCAAGGAAUCAAGUUAGACCAACCCAAAAUGACCAGUGAUGUUGUCGUGCUCGUUGCUGUUGUGAUAUUAGUAGGCUUGUUUUGCAUGCAACACCACGGUAUAGAUAGGGUGGGUUGGCUGUUUGCACCAGUUGUGCUCCUAUGGUUUCUCUUGAUUGGAGGUAUUGGUAUAUUCAACAUUUGGAAAUAUGAUAAAGGCGUUCUAAAGGCUUUCUCACCAGUAUAUAUAUAUCGUUAUUUCAAAAGGGGAGGAAGAGAUAACUGGCUUUCCCUUGGAGGCAUUAUGCUUAGUAUAACAGGAACUGAGGCCCUUUUUGCUGACCUCUCCCAUUUCCCAGUUUCAGCAAUACAGAUUGCAUUCACAGCAAUUGUUUUCCCAUGCCUUAUUUUUGCCUAUUCUGGACAAGCUGCGUACCUUAUGAAAAACUCAAAUCAUGUAGUUGAUGCAUUUUAUCGUUCUAUUCCAGAUGGCAUAUAUUGGCCAGUGUUUAUUGUUGCAACUGCUGCUGCUGUUGUUGCAAGUCAAGCCACUAUAUCUGCAACUUUUUCAUUAGUUAAGCAGGCUCUUGCACUCGACUGUUUUCCAAGAGUUAAAAUUGUACAUACGUCGAAAAAGUUCCUGAGACAAAUAUAUAUUCCAGACAUAAAUUGGAUCCUUAUGAUCCUUUGUGUUGCAGUGACAGCUGGCUUUAAAAAUCAAAGUCAAAUUGGAAAUGCAUCUGGUACUGCAGUUGUGAUAGUUAUGCUGGUCACCACAUUGCUUAUGAUUCUAAUCAUGCUAUUAGUAUGGCGGUGCCAUUGGAUUCUUGUCCUGAUUUUCACUGGUUUGUCACUGGUAGUGGAGGGCACCUAUUUUUCUUCUGUGCUUUGCAAGGUUAAUCAAGGUGGUUGGGUUCCUCUAGUGAUUGCUGCAGCAUUUUUUAUCAUCAUGUAUGCAUGGCACUAUGGUACUUUGAAGCGCUAUGAGUUCGAGAUGCAUAGCAAGGUUUCAAUGGCAUGGAUUGUUGGGCUCGGCCCCAGUUUAGGACUAGUUCGGGUCCCUGGAAUUGGACUUGUGUACACUGAGCUAGCUAGAGGGGUGCCCCACAUCUUCUCCCACUUCAUCACCAACUUACCUGCCAUCCAUUCCGUAGUUGUUUUUGUCUGUGUAAAAUACCUGCCUGUCUACACGGUCCCAGAAGAAGAGAGAUUCCUUAUAAGGCGGAUAGGACCGAAGAAUUUCCGCAUGUUCCGUUGUGUAUCAAGAUAUGGCUAUAAAGACCUCCAUAAAAAAGAUGAAGAUUUUGAGAAGAGGCUAUUCGACAGCCUUUUUAUGUUUGUCCGGUUAGAGUCCAUGAUGGAUGGCUGUUCAGACUCGGAUGAAUAUAGUGCUGAUGACCAGCAAACAAAGCAGUCAACAGCAGGGAACUGUAAUGGCAACCGCUGUUCAUCCAAUACAAAUGGAACACUUUCAUCCGAAGACUCAAUCGUGCUCCUUAAUUCUCCAACACAUGUGAACACCAUGACGUUGCCCAAUCAAGCAAGCAGCCAUUCUGAGAUUGAUGAGUUGGAAUUUUUAAGUACCUGUAGAGAUGCUGGGGUAGUCCACAUACUGGGGAAUACAGUGGUGACAACACGCCGGGAUUCAAAGUUCUAUAAGAAGAUAGCCAUAGAUUAUAUAUAUGCUUUUCUUAGGAAGAUCUGCAGGGGAAACAGCGCAGUGUUCAAUAUUCCGCACGAAAAUCUCUUAAACGUUGGACAAAUAAUUAGAGUAUGAUAGUCUAGUUGUGUAGCAAAGAGAAUCGAUCAUGUUUACUGUAUUUUAUCAGAAUAAUCUGUGGGAAUAUAGAUAUCUUGGCAACCA